AUGUCUACUAGAUCAAAUAACCCCGACUUGCACGGCCCCCUUCCCCCAGCCUUGCGACCAAGGCGUAGCAAAUCAGCUGGAGGAACGGGUCAACCGCCUCAAGCUGAUUACGAUCCAAAAGAAGCUAGCGCCAGUCUCAGUCGCAAGAGCGACGGAGGAGAUAUUGGUCGAGAGAGGCUCAACCACGGCUCGAGUUACAAGUCCGAGCACCGCGACCAUACCAAAGACCCCAAAGAACUUGGUCCCAGCAAUAGCUUCUGCGACUACAGCCCAAGAUCACAUGGACUUGGAUCAAGCGGCGCAAAAAACGCCAGUCCAGGACACGAACCCAGCGACCACAGCUUCGGAAGCGAUGGACGUGGAUCCCAUAGCUUCAACCUCUUCGGUGGAUAUCCAGCUACUCCGCAAAUUGCCGGAGAAGCAAGUGACAGUCAGAAGGUACUCCAGAAGCUAAUUCCUCGCAAGGAGUUAGAAGAGUUCGUCAAGGGCUGGAACCCUUGGACGAUCAAGAAAGAGCUGUUUCCCACCGCGCCGAAGAAAAACGACGGCAAGAAGCGCUCCUCCUCCUCCAAAGGAGCAAAGGAACUCUACAACGACCCAAACCGUUGGAAACAGGUCAUGAGAGGUUGCAACACCCUCGAGGCGGCAUACCGCCACAUGGCGGAUUAG